GAUUCAUCAUUUAAUACCGAGUACGGAGUAUUUUAUUUUAUUUUUAAAUGCAAGAGAUCCCCUCCAGCAUUCAAUCAAAUGGCCUCUCUUUUUCUCUAUAUUUAUAUUUUCUCUUCCUCCUUAAAAAUAAUAUCAUUGCGUUUUGUUAGUUAGUUAAAUUGAUUUCUUGUUUUGUAUGGAUCCUCCUAAAGUAGAGUCCAUCGACAAAACGGACGACAGAAGCUGCGGCCGCUCGGAAUCGUCUCCUCCUUUUGAAGAAGACCAUAAACAUAAAGCCGUCGACCAAUGUUGUUCAUGGUUAUACGAAUGCAUGGAGUGUUGUUUCAAGAAUAUCUUUUGCUCCGAUGACGACGACGACUGCUACUCUCGCCGCUGUUGUGAUUCCUAAUUAACUACGGAGUAAUAUAAUUAAUUAUGUUUAUUCAAAUUUCACCAUGGCACUGGUUCAUACGACCUGUUUGGCAAUGAUUUAGAGUUUAUAUUUUGGAAAAAAAAUUAAAUGUUAUUGUUGAACUUUUAAGUUAUUGGGUCAUGCACGGCUAGUUUUUCGAGUCAUGUUAGCGUAUUC